AUGCUCCUGCUUUGUGCUUUCGUCCUUUGGCUCUCUCUUAGCAGUGGCCUCAGCGCCUACUGUCCAGGACGAUGCAGCUGUGAUCCUAUGCAGUUCGUCCAAUGCUACAGGCUCAUGGAAGUACCUUCAGGCAUUCCUUCCACCACCAAGAAACUCUACAUUAGCCACAGCAGAAUCCAGCACCUCCAGCUAUCUAACUUCACGGGACUCUUGGCUCUGGAAGAUUUUAUUCUGCUGGCCAGUGGAACAGAGUCUGUAGAAAAUGACACCUUCAAAGCUCUGAGUACUUUAAGGACCCUGGAACUUUGGAAAAAUAAAUUGAGACGAGUCCCCAGUGCUCUCCCAGCCAACCUCGAAGUGUUAAAAUUAAAUGAUAAUUUGAUAUGUGUUCUACAUAGAUCAGAUUUUGAAGGACUGAAGAAAUUAAAAGUCCUUGAACUUAAAAACAACUUGAUCUCUUCCCUGUCUCCCAGCAUAUUCCCCUCGCUCAUCAGUUUGAGAAGUCUGGUGGUGGAUGGAAACAAUAUAGAGUCUAUAGCUGGACCACUGAACCUUCCGCAUCUGAAGUACAUGAGCAUGGAGAACAACAAACUCCAUCUUAUACCAGGGAAUGUCUUCGCUUCUUUGCAGAAUUUGCAGUUCCUCAGUUUUAGUGGUAACUUUCUGACGAAAAUCCCUAUAAAUCUACCCAAAUCCUUGCUAUCAUUAAAGAUGGAGAGAAACCAGCUCAAAGUCAUUAGGUUUCGAGAUGUGAGACACUUGGAGAACCUGUCCCAUCUCUACCUGUCAGAGAACUUCCUGUCUUCUAUUGAUGGGGCACAGGUGCUUACCAAUUUAACUACUCUUGAGGUCUCCCAAAACCGGCUUCAAACGUUGCCUCCCAGGCUGCCCGCAAGGUUACAGAAGCUCGACUGUAGCAGUAACUUCAUCCAGAAAGUGACGGCGCCAGAAUUUCAGGACCUCCGAGACCUGAAACAUCUGUUUCUCGACAACAAUGUUGUCAGCUUGUUUGAGGCGGGAGCCCUUCAGAGGUGUUCUCAGCUGUCCAACCUGGCCCUGGAGCAGAACCUGCUAUUGUCCAUACCUCUGAGGCUCCCUAAGACCCUGGCCAGGCUGGACCUCAAGGGUAAUGCCAUCCAGGACAUGGCUGAGAGGGAGCUCAGGGACCUCAAACUGCUUCAGGUUCUGAACCUGAGGAACAACAAGAUCUCCGCCUUAGACCUCAAGGCCCUGGAGGGGCUGCCCCGGCUCAGGCACCUGUACCUGGACGGAAACCCCUGGAACUGCACCUGCAGUCUCCUCCGUGCCAGGGAAGUCCUGAAGGCCAAGGGCACGGACGUGGAAGGAGGACAGUGUGCCGCCCCAGCAGAGCGACAAGGGGAGAGCUGGAUGUCUUCCAAGAAGAUCGUGAGACAAUGCGAGCAUCACUCACACCCGAAUGAGAGAAGCAAAGAGAUCAAGAAGAAAUCAAAACUGGAAGACUCUUCCAGCGUCAGACUCAGCCUGGAUGAUGAUGACGAUGAUUACGAAAUAGAUUAG